GGAAUAUCUUUGAGUUCAGGCGUUGGAUUGGUAACCUACAGUGCUGUUUCCGGCAAGCCGCUUUUGUCUUUUGCUGACUGGUCUUCGGCUGUUACUUCGGAGGUCUCGCUGGACGAUCUGGCUUCGAACCAUAAAUUCAUCUUCGGAACUCGGUUCUUCUAGAAGUUGCAGGUUUGUUUAGGGUUUGUUCAUGGUAUUAGAGCUUGAUUGAUCCAAGCCUGAAACUUCCGCAAUCAUGAGUGACUCGAACAAGGAGAGUGUAGUCCACACAACUGCCGAGUCUUCCAACCCACGAAUAGCUAUUCUUCCAGGCACUUCCUUAUCCACCGAGAGCCACACCUUGCAGAUUACACAGCACCGGUUAAAUGGCAGGAACUUCCGUGAGUGGUUCCAAUCGGUUGCUUUGGUAAUCAAGGGCAAAGGUAAGUAUGGACAUCUGUCAGGAGAAGUUACUGCACCAUCCAAAGAUGCUGUUGAUUAUCAAAGAUGGGAGGCUGAGGACUCCAUCAUCAUGGCGUGGCUAAUCAAUUCAAUGGAGCAAAAGAUUGGCCGAACCUACCUUUUUUACAAGACUGCUGAGGAAGUGUGGGAUGUAGUCCAAGAAAUAUAUUCGGAUCUCGAAAACACAGCUCAAUGUUUUGAGAUUAGAUCGGCUAUUCGAAACACUAAACAAGGUAAUUCUAGUGUGACCGAAUACUAUAAUACAUUGCUUGAACUAUGGCAGGAGAUGGAUCUAUUUUAUGAUCCAAAUUGGGAGUGCAAAGCAGACGGUCUGAAAUACAGCAAAAUGCUGGAAAAAGAAAGGGUUUUCGACUUUUUUCACGGCCUUAAUUCAGACCUUGAUGAAGUUCGUGGUCGGCUUCUUGGCACGAAACCCCUUCCUUCACUCCGAGAGGUCUUUGCGGAAGUAAGAAGAGAAGAAAGCAGGAAAAGGGUGAUGCUCACAGCCACUGAUUCUCAUACAAGCUCAGCCCUUGCAGCAACAAAAAGGGAAGAAUUUUCAAGGGAUAAACCAUGGUGUGAGCAUUGUAACAAGCCUUUUCACACCAAAGAUACCUGCUGGAAGCUACAUGGGAAACCAGCAAAUUGGAAGCCAAGGGGUAAGAGAGAAAAAGAGAGGUCAGCCUACACAACUUCAGUUGCCGCAACACCUCCACUCGAGAAAGGUAUGCAGCUGAACCUAUCUACUGAACAGGUGCUGUUCCUGCAAAGAUUAUUGCAGGAUACUCACCUUGGGAAAGAAACUGACAAUACAGCCACUACGGCUACAACAUUCCCCGUCCAAAGAGGUAAUUUAAUAUACUCCCUAACCUCUAGAAGACCUAGUAGAAAGUGCUGGAUUAUAGAUACGGGUGCCUCUAACCAUAUGACAGGAUCAGCUGAAAUUUUUCAGCAAUUUCAAUCUCAUCGGCAGCCAAGGGACAAGGAGUUAACAGUGUUAUUAGCUGAUGGAAACACCUCGGCUGUUAUGGGGGAAGGAGAUAUAAGUAUUGGUGGUUUAAAACUGAAAACAGUUUUAUAUGUUCCAAAUUUGAAAUGCAACCUGUUAUCUGUUAGCAAGCUUACUCAAGAUAUGGACUGCAUUGUAACCUUUCUACCCUCUCAUUGUAUUUUUCAGGACCGGUCCUCGGGGAAGAUGAUUGGCAGUGCUGAGGAAACGGAUGGGCUCUAUUGGCUUUCAGAAAAUAAGGCUUCCCUUGAUCAGGCCACUCAUAGUGCAUUUAGGAGAAAGAUUUUCUUUAACUAUGAGAGACGCAUCAGGAUGAGAAGUCCUCCUGAAAAGGUUUUUGAGUACUUUGCAUCUUGUCAGACCCGGGACGGAGAAAUAGUUAUGACAUCAGCAGAUUUAAUGCGAGCUAUUGUUCCUGUUUUUCCCCCAUCUGAAUCAAACCUUGUGAGAGAUGGAUAUCUUAGAGGGGAAAGGGAUCCUGGUGAUCUGCGUUGCCGUCCUUCAGAAUUCUUUAUGCUUUUUGACACAAACAAUGAUGGGCAUAUAUCUUUUAAAGAGUAUAUAUUUUUUGUUACACUCUUAAGCAUCCCAGAACCAAGCUUUUCAGCAGCAUUCAAAAUGUUUGACAUCGAUUGCAGUGGAGAGAUAGAUAGAGAUGAAUUCAAGAGAGUCAUGAACUUGAUGCGAGCUCAUAAUAGACAAGGAGCUCAUCAUAGAGAUGGACGUCGAGGUGGGGUCAGAGUUGGUGAUUCUGUAGAAAAUGGGGGCCUGGUGGAGUACUUUUUUGGCAAAGAUGGCAAGCAACGUCUCCGACAUGAUAAAUUUGUCCAGUUUUUACAAUCUCUGCAUGAUGAGAUGGUCAGGCUGGAGUUUGCUCAUUAUGACUAUAAAUCACGUGGUACCAUAUCAGCCAAGGAUUUUGCUUUAUCCAUGGUUGCUUCUGCCGACCUGAGGCAUUUGAACAAAUUCCUAGAUCGUGUUGAUGAACUAAGUAAUGAGUUGAAAUUUGGUAACAUACGCAUUACAUUUGAGGAAUUUAAGGAUUUUGCGGAGCUGAGGAAACAAUUGCUGCCAUUCUCCUGUGCCCUUUUCAGUUAUGCCGAAGCUAAUGGUUUGUUGACAAGGAAGGAUAUCCAGCGAGCUGCUUUACAAGUAUGCGGCAUCUCUCUGACUGACAAUGUCAUCGAGAUUAUCUUCCACGUGUUCGAUGCAAACCGGGAUGGGAGUUUAAGCUCAGACGAGUUCAUAAGGGUUCUUCACAAGCGGGAAAGGGACAUUGCUCGGCCUACAGAAUCGGGCAUCCUGGACUUCAUAUCCUGCUGCUGCAAUUGCUCGUUUUCAAAAUCUGUUACUCGGUUCAUUUACUAACCAGUUAGUUGUGCCUGAAAUUGAAAAUGCGUCUGUAGAGGCAUCUCUAAUGAAAAGAUGGCAAGCCCCGCAACACCCAAGUUUGCAGCAGUACACAGUAGUAAGUGGCAUCCAUCUACCUCUCUUUGUUCCCCUGACAUGAACUUGUGGGGUUAGAAGAUGUUAACAUGUCAGUAAACUUGGGGGAACUGUACAUCCGCAGCUUCUCUAUGAUAGCAUUCUAUUGUCUCUGA